CGGCAGCUUCCGGUGUCCUUCCCGGCGGGGAGCGCGGCGCGGCCAUGGCGCAGAACCUGAAGGACCUGGCGGGGCGGCUGCCCGCCGGGCCCCGCGGCGUGGGCACUGCCCUCAAGCUGCUGCUGGGCGCCGGCGCCCUGGCCUACGGCGUCCGCGAGUCUGUCUUCAUCGUGGAGGGUGGCCAGAGAGCCAUCUUCUUCAACCGCAUCGGCGGCGUGCAGCAGGACACCAUCCUCGCCGAGGGGCUCCACUUCAGGAUCCCCUGGUUCCAGUACCCUAUCAUCUACGACAUCCGGGCCAGGCCGCGCAAGAUCUCCUCCCCCACGGGCUCCAAAGACCUGCAGAUGGUGAACAUUUCGCUGCGCGUCCUCACACGCCCCAACGCUGCAGAGCUGCCCAGCAUGUACCAGCGCCUGGGCCUGGACUACGAGGAGCGUGUGCUGCCUUCCAUCGUUAAUGAGGUGCUCAAGAGCGUGGUGGCCAAGUUUAACGCGUCACAGCUCAUCACCCAGAGAGCCCAGGUGUCUCUGCUCAUCAGGCGAGAGCUGACGGAGCGAGCCAAGGACUUCAGCCUCAUCCUGGACGAUGUGGCCAUCACAGAGCUGAGCUUCAGUCGUGAAUACACAGCAGCUGUGGAGGCCAAGCAAGUGGCCCAGCAGGAAGCACAGCGUGCACAGUUUCUGGUGGAGAAGGCCAAGCAGGAACAGAAGCAGAAGAUUGUUCAGGCUGAAGGGGAAGCCACAGCUGCCAAGAUGCUCGGUGAAGCUCUCAGCAGGAAUCCAGGCUACAUCAAGCUGCGCAAGAUCCGAGCCGCUCAAAACAUCUCCAAAACGAUUGCAGGCUCACAGAACCGUGUGUACCUCACAGCAGACAACUUGGUACUGAACCUGCAGGACGAGGGCUUCACCAGGUAAAGGGGCCAGGGAGCUGCAUUCAUCUGCACCCUAUCUGUCAAGCUAGUCCACUUCCUGGAGCUGUCUCGGGAUCUUUCCUCUUGAGAGGAGCCUGAUUCCAGAGGACACAGCCUCGGGAGGGAGCAGUCUGACUGAAACAGACAUUUUGGUUAACUCUGAUCAAUUUCUCUUGUUUUUCUCUUCCCCCUCAAUGCAUCUCCUGCCACACAGAGGAAGGUAAGGCAUUGUUUGUUGUGAUCCUUUUGGUAGCACUUGGAAGCAGGGUGGUGAUGGCCGCCUAGUGCCUGGUGUGGUUCUGGCUUGGGCCUUUCUGGACAUAGGAACUUUAUUUCCUCUUUGUCUCAGUGCCUGGGGAAACUUAGGGCCUUCCUCACAAGGAGCACACAAAUUUCAGCGUCCAGCAGGAGACAGGUGGUAGUUGGAGCACUGUGUCUGGCCAUAAGAACCUUACAUGAGAAAGGCAGGUGUAGUUAAGGAGCAUGUUCUGGUCUGUUCUGCACAAGCAGGGCAUCCUGUACCUAGGAAUGUGCGUUGGCUUGGAGGAGCUUUGGGAAAAGUAGCUUUUGGUACUGCCCAAAAGCUUCUCCAGCCCAUGCUAGCAAACCUCAUUUCCUGCCUUCAGAGCUGGCAGGAGUGUGGUGGCUUUGCCUAAUCUGUGCAGUGUUUACUGGACAAGGCAAUGCCAGCUGAGCUCACAGUUGGCAGAUAAGAGAUGGGAUUGUUUAGAAGCCAGAAGGAACCAGAGAUGGUUUCUCUUCUGUGGAGUCUGACUAUAAAAUAAGGAUUUCUGACCUCUGACCAGGUUCUGAUUUAUUCAUCCCAGAAGGCUUUAAGGGGCUUUGGAAAAAAAAGUAAAGAGGAAGGAUGUGGAAGUCCAGGUCCUCUGACUACCACCUCACAGCCACAAGUCUGUAGUGAGGAUCUGGUCCAGCUUUGCUCCUGCCGUCUGGACUAAUGGCUGUCUUUUGUCUCCUUGCAGUGACAGUCUCCUACUCAAACAAGGGAAGAAAUGAACCAAGCUAAAGCUUCCUGGAACUGGCAGCGCUGCCCAGCAGAGGAUCGGAGUGAGGAGCAUUGACCUCCUUCCUUUACCAUUGUUUGCCCUGAUUCCAAGUUGCAGUAGCCUCUGCUCUGUGGUGACCCAGUUCUGGGGCUGGGCUCUUCCUCCUCCUUCACUCCCCCAGUUAAGUUUGUGGAGGUAGAGAGGGGGCUUACUGAUACUACCCCCCUGGCUAGAGUAAUGAAUUCAUUAAUUUUAGGUUUCUCUAGGGUCAAAUGAGAAUUCUUUUUGGCCAACUGAGGGAGUUCUGCUGCCAUCAGCACCAGCCUCUUUUUUUUUUCUAGUAAAUUUUGUUUCUCUUUCAAUCUUGCUCCCAAGAGAAGCUGGGACUGACUUCAGGGCAAUGUCAUUCAACAGGUGCCUGCUGCUGCUGGAACAUCUUUGUGUCACUGUCUGUUCAGUGAUUCUUUCAAACAUUUGUAAAAUUAAACCCCACCAACUUUA